AUGUCUAUAGAGGCCGCCAACGAUAAAGGUAAUCAGCUGUUGUCAGACUCGGCAUCAAGCCUUUCAAUUUCCGACAAGCUAGUCAACGUUGCUGUUGACUCCGGUUUUGAAGAGUUUGCGGUGUCGUUUGAUGCACUCGAAGACUCUAAACGUCCACUCCAUGUCAAAAGAAGCAGAAAGUCAUCAUCCAUAUCAAAUGAUCCUGCCCCCAAGUUACAUAAGCGUAAGUUGAAGAAAAUGUUGGAGUCCAUGAAAGAUCCAGAAGUUGAAUAUGCAUCCACACAUAAAAACAUCACUUUGAAAACUAUACAACUGGCAAUAAUUGGAACAUUAACGGACAAAGUCACGGGGAAGUCAUCGGCUAUUACCUUCAAAAGUCCACAGAAUGUCGUGAAAUUUGUGGUUUGUGUUGUGGGAGGACUCCGAAGAGCUGACUUUGUUGAUACUAGCGAAGAUCUGUUUGUUACACCCAUUCACGAAUCUGCCAGACAAAAAUUUCCUUUCAUUGCAAACACAUUCAAACAUGCGUUGAAACUCAGCAGUCCAGGAACCAAGAAUUCAAUUUCAUCUCCUAUAGACGUGAUGUGCCACAUUUCCUUGAAGCCAAAAGACAGGCAAAAGCUUGAAGAAGAGCUGAAAAAUCAGAAAAUAACUAUCAACGAUCUAUUGUUACUGAAAGAGUUCUUGUCUAAAAGCGAAUACCCUGUUCAUAAUGAGAUUGUAUCUAGCAUACUACCUCAAGGAUGGAAGGAAACCCAGAAAUUUGAGCACGAGGGAUCGCACAUAUUCUCCGUUGACUGUGAGUUCUGUCAAACCUUGAAUGGCAAAGAAUUGGCCAGAAUCUCCGUUAUUAAUUUCCAAAACGAUGUUGUUCUUGAUGAAUACGUGAAACCCAAAGAAAUGAUUAUUGACUAUUUAACCAAGUACUCUGGUAUAACUGAGCAGCUACUUGAAGGUGUCACCACUACGUUAGAGGAUAUUCAAGACACCCUUCUUGAACUUGUUUCAAGUGAUGACAUCUUGAUUGGGCAUUCGCUCCUGUCGGACUUAAAUAUAUUGAAAAUACGCCAUCCAAACAUCGUGGACACCUGUUUCUGUUAUCAUCAUGUUCGUGGUCCACCGUACAGACCUGGUUUGAAGUGGUUGACUAAAACUCAUCUUUCUCGAGAUAUUCAAAUGGGAGAACUUUCAGGAGAGGGACAUUCUUCCGUGGAAGAUGCCAGAGCAUGUUUGGACCUUGUAAAACUCAAGAUUCAAGAAGGUCGUUUAUUUGGGGUCGACAGUCUGAGACAAGGUGUGAUUGACCAUAUAAACGAAGAGAAACCUGUUGAGAAGCCUGAGUUAAAACAUGUGGCUAUUGAUUACCAAUCGGUGGAUACUGGACUGGGGACAAUGAUCCAAGUCGACAAUGAUAACGAAGUGGUUGAUAACUUUACACGUGAAGUUGACGAUGCAGACUUCUUGGUGUUGGGUUUGAAAGAACUUGAAGCUUCUUUGGGAUGGAGUUCUUGCUGCCGAGUCAAGCAUGACUUAGAAGACAGUUAUACGAACCUUAAUAACAGGCUCAAUACAAUAUACUCCCUACUCCCUGCCAAUAGUGUAUUCAUGGUGUUGGGCAGUCAUGGACAAGAUUCUUCUCCCCUCAACAAUCUCUUUCAGCAGAGACGGGUAUUAAUGGGCAAGCAAGGAAUGGGAGAAAACGUCAACAAAGAUUUGGAUGUACUCAGAGACCUGAUAAAGCAGGAAGUCCAUAAACUCAGGGAAGCGGUGGGCUUUGUGACCAUCAAACCUUCUGACACUUAA